AUGGAGAGACCGGCCCAUGACGGCGACGACCCGACCAGCGCGCCGCCGGCGCCCGCGGUCCUCCGCGUCUCCGUGGUCAACGCCAUGGAUGGCAUGCAAUACGACAUCGACCUUAGCAGCAGAGCGACGGGCAACGUCCUGCGCCAGGAGCUGCUGGUCGCGACAGGCAUCCCAACUGACGAGCAGAUCUUGCUCUACGGCCCGCCCUAUGCCCGCUUGGACCCGAAGAAGACGAUCGAGUCGUACCAGUUCCACACAUCCCAGAAGUCGGUCUUUGUAUACGACCGGCGCGCGCUCUCGCAAGAGACGCUGGCCGUUGCACCGACCGUGCUGCAGCCGCAACACUACGAAGUACCAUCACUCUCCCCGUCGUCGGCGCCGGUCGCGCGGCCCUUGUACGAUUCGUCGAGCCCGCUCUUGAAAGCCUUGUACGACUACGAGGUGCAGUUCAAGGCCGUCGCGAUGAUGGGCCAAACGCUCGACAGCGUCGCGCAGGCGCGUCUCGAUGCGUGUGACUCGUGCUUGGCGCAGCAGCGGGCACAAGCCUCCGCGAUUCAAGCCGCCAUGGCCAACCUCGACACCUUUCACAUUGCCAUGACACAGCACUUUCAACCGUUCUGGAAGGACUUUCGCAACACGAGCGAGCACCACGAAGAGCUCCUCUCGCACCUCGAGGCGUACAUCAGUCGCCUCGAGACGAUCCCACUCCACCCGGCGCUGCAAUCGCCGCCCCACCGCACGACCCUCUACGACUGCAUCCCGCUGGAGCGCGUCCGUGAGUGGCGCACGCAAUGCGAGCAGUCCCACACCCACCUGCAAGCCAAAAUGGAGGCGCUCGCUGCCGCGUACCACGCGCUCACCGAAAGCAUUCGCGUCGGUCUCACGUCGAGCACACAGUCGGCGCGGCCGGCGUCGGAUCUGCUCCGGCAACGGGACGUGCUCUACGCCAAAGUGGUCUCGUCGACCGACCACAUGAACGUCAAAAGCAUCGUCGCGACGCUGCAGGCCAACUACGAGACGGUCGUUCAGCGCGUCGCCGAGACCGUGCCGCAGAAUGUGCUGCCCGAAUCGAAUACAACGAGCAGCAGCAUGACGACCAGCUACAUGUUUGCAUCGGCCACCGUCCUCGAGGCGUUCCGCGGCCUCGACGAGAUGCAGCGGGACCAAGCUGCGCUCUUGCCGCACGUGCAGCAGGUGGUCGACGACGAGCUCAAGACAUUUAUGCUCGCGGUCGCCGAGAGCAAGGACAGCAUGAAUGCAGCCGUGCACACUCAGCUGCGCUGGGUCUCCCGCGUCCAGUCGGAGAUUCGGGACUUUGAACAGACGCUCAGCUUGCUCAGGGAUGCGCUUGCUGUGCAGAAGCGGCAGUUUGCCGAGCUCGACCACGUGGCCAAGCUGCCAGAGGCCUAUGACGCGUGCAUUCAGGAGAUUAUUCGUCGACGCACGUACGGGCGCGAAUUCACGUGGAAGAUUCAGAGCAUGGGCGAGAAGCUCGCGCAGAUGCGCGAGGAUGAAGUGCUCUUACGCGAUGCGUUCCUCAAGGACUUUGGGCAGCACCUACCGCGCGACUUCGUGCCAGGUCUCGUCGAGAAGCCGUCCCACUGCGAUAUCCGCAUGCGGCCGUUUGACACAGCACUGCCGGCCAUUGAUGCGCCGUCGCCGGCCCCGUUUGAGAUGGAGCAGCGCGAAUUGGAUGUGCUUCGCGAACGCUGCAAGGAGCUCGAAGGGCGCGUCGACGAGCUCCAAACCGAACUCGACGACCAGAAGAAGGCGUCGUGCCAUUGCAGCUCGUUCUCGAACGCAUCGAGCAUGAGCUGCAGCGCCGAGAAAGGUCCCAACUUUCCAUUGGUACUCGCUCUCGCGGCGACGGCCGGCCAUCCCGCCGGCAUGGCCAACUCGUCCGAGCUCCUCGACAAGACAGCGCGCCUCGAAGGCAUGCUGGACGAACGCAAUGCGAUGGUCGCGUCGCUCGAAGCCCGCAUUGCGUCGCAGGACGAGGCGCUUUUGCGCGCCAACGACGAGUGCGAAGUCGCCAAGAACGACCUUGCGCACGCACAGUUCCUCCUCGGUUCGCAGCGCUCAGCGCUCAAGCAGAUCUGGAACCUUGUGGGCAUGGACGAAGCGACAUUCGAGAUGCAGACGGUCGACGGUCUCCAGAAGGGCCUCGACGCCUUUGAAGACAUGUGGCUGGCCAAGCAGCAGCAGGCGACGACGACAAUGACGAUGACGGCGGCGCCGAGCGAGAAGGAGACGACCAACGAUGACAUAGUGUCCAAAAUCGCAUUCCGGUCGUUCAGUUAUGACGACCUCGCGCUGUUUCUGCCGACAUUUGCGCCGAGUGACGCGAGCGCGGCCAAGAUCUACUUGGCGUUCCACCUUGGGUGCCCCAACCGGUUCCUCUCGGACGAGUCGAUUGCGAUGUUUCACCAAGCCCAAAACCGAUACCCCGAGUACAUUUUGGGCCGCAUCGUCUUUAUCGACGAGCGCGAGGCGACCGAACGCGACAACCCGUACCGCCUCAUCCUUGGCACGACCUUUUAUGUGUUGACCGUCACGUGCUUGGUCGACUACUAA